AUGGCCAUAAAAAUCCGAUAUACCUCUACAUACAGGGAUAAGGUCCUCCAUGAAGGACUACAGUACUGCGCCUCCAGGGCCGACACGGAGCUGUGGGGCCGCUGCUGCGUGGGGCGGGGAUCCGGGCGGCAGCAGCUGCUGGGGUUGGACCUCAGCAACUGCUCCCUGCAGACCCUCCCCAGUGCCUUCAGCGAGGCUGCGGCUGCCGUCGUGCUGGACCUGACAGAGAACCCGCUGCCGGCGCUCCCUGCUGGCUCCUUCUUGGGCUUCACGCAGCUGCAGCAACUCGCGGUGCCACUGGCGGUGCCAUGCCCCGGUGGCAGCGGUGCGUGGGAGGAGGUGACGACAUAUGGCAGCAGCUGCCUGUGCCGAGGCCAGAGGAACCCCUGCAACGGCUCUGAGGAGCUCGUCCCGCUGUGCCCUGAGAACGCCGCCUGUGCCCCGGAUGGCCCCGGCCUCUCGCAGUGCCUCUGUGCCAGUCCCUUCCACGGCUACAAAUGUCUGCGGCAGGAUACCUUCCCCGUGCCGCUCUUCUGCAGCGUGCUGGGAACGGUGACAGCAGCACUGAGCCUCGCACUAUGGGGCAGCCAGCGCCGGCACGCUGCAGGGCCGUGACCACGAUCGGGAGAAGAGGUGUGGGAUGCGACCAGACCGCGGGGAACGGGCUGAAUAAAGUGUGCGGUUGUGAUGCUA